GUUCCGCUCGUUUCGUCGCUUCCAUCGCUAGAAUCGCUAGUUCGACAAUCGCUCGUCGCGCGCCAUACGCCGUACACGCCGACGACUCGCCGACGUGCCCCGCACGCCUGUCGCCAGUUGUGAGAGGAAAAGCGCUGCGCUGCUCCGAGUGCUUCGAGUGCUCCGCCGCUACCGCCUUGCGCCAGUGCCAGUGAGUGCUCGAUGUAAACUGUUUUGAAUCGGCUAGGUUACCGAUUUCGAUUGAUGUGAAUCGCGCAGCGAUUCUUUGCUACCCGUCGACGCGCGAAAUACCUACGUUUGUCCGCCGCAAUGGAAAAGCGGAUAGAAUUGGAACGGAGAGGCAAGAAUCCAGAAGAUAUCAAGGAACUCAACCUGGACAACUGCAGGAGCACAACCAUUGUUGGCCUCACCGACGAGUUCUGCAACCUGGAGAGUCUCAGUUUAAUUAAUGUUGGACUUACAUCACUUAAAGGUUUUCCCAAGUUGCCCAAUUUAAAGAAAUUAGAAUUAAGUGAUAACAGGAUUAACAAUGGUCUGAAUUUAUUAUGCACAAGCGCUAAGUUGACAUCAUUGAAUUUAAGUGGCAACAAAAUCAAAGAUCUGGAUACACUUGAGCCACUGAAGGAGUUCAAGCACUUGAGGACCCUGGACCUCUUCAAUAAUGAGGCGACAAGCAUCGAAAAUUAUCGGGAUAAAAUCUUCAAAAUGAUUCCGAACCUGAAAUUUUUGGAUGGUUACGACGCCGAAGAUUGCGAGGGUGAACUUUCCGAGCUGGAUAGCGAGGAAGAAGUGAACGGCAACGACGAUGAUUCCGAUGAUGAUGACGGAACAUCUGAUGAUGACGAUGAUGGCGUCGGCUUGAAUGCGGUUUACCAAGAGAAUCUGGAUGAUUUAUCAGAUGAAGAAGACUACGAAGCUGGCGAGGAGGAAGAGGAGGAUGAAGAUGCCAUUGAAGAGGAGGAGGAAGAAGAUGCCGAUUCGCCGUCUAAAGCUCACAUUAGAGGCAAGAAGAGAAAACACGAAGAUGGCGAAGCCGCCGAAAACAAUUGAAUAACUCGCGUGAUUUAUAUUGAAAGGAUAAAAAAGUUGCUCUGAAACGACACUUACAAAAAGAGAAUACUUAAGAAUAAUCAUUGGGAGACAUGCAGAAAAUGUUACAUAACAAACAAAAAAACGUUAACUUUUUAAAAAUGUAAUAAAUGCAUUAUAACGUGA